AUGGCCAAGGUUCGUAAGGAACUCCGACCACCAACACAGAUAGAGACUUCAUAUGCAACCAAUCUUACCCAGGCUGUCGAGAAGGAAGCUUGGAAAGAGUCUCAAGAAGUUCGCGACAGCAUGUUGGGCCUCGCUCAAGAAGCUCGGAGGAUGUUUGGUCUUCGACCGUUCGAUAUGUCAUUGAAUGGGGAGAAUGAAGCCGAUGGCAAAGAGAUGGUUCUGCGGAACGGUGGGAAGCGACCAGCUUCCACGGCACCAGUCCCCAAUCCAUCAAAGCGGCAACAACGCGAGCCUAUUCGACCACCGCCACCACCACAUUGUGGCAAGAUAGACCAGAAAUCCGAGACUCUAGAUCAAUCCAGUCGUGUCCGUCACAUCAGAGAGGAAAACACCGUCACCAACUCCCAAAAUGGUCCACAAGGCCACGGCCAUUCUCAAUCGAUCGAAAACCCAUCCGCUACCAGCUUUCUCACGAGCAGCGCACCAAUCUACAACCAAAACAUCAACAGCGGGUCUGGUCAGCAGAACAUCAACGUUUACGGCGUAUUCGAACCUCCGCCACCCUCAGCUACCGGCGCCGCACCAACCGAGUACGAGAUCCCUACCGAGCCAGAGCAUCGCUUAAACCGAGAAGCUGGACAGCAGAAGUUCUCGAUCAAUGAUACUGUUACCAACAAGACAGCCGGCGAUGGUAAGUCCGGUGGUCACAAUCAGACGUUGAAGGGCCCACACGGCAACACGCACAUGCGCAUGACAGCGCCAGUGUACAACCAGAACGUCAACACCGGGAGCGGACAGCAGAACAUUGACGUCAUCGGAAAGAUGGACUUUGAGAAAAAGGAUCGCAAAGAGCCGCGACAUCAAGGUCUUGCAGUCCCAGUCGCGCAGGCUGCAAACCCACAACCACAGUGGCGCAACGAUCAGAGAUCAGGUGGCCCAUACCGCGGUCACAGUCCAUCCUAUCGACCAACUUCAGCUCAAGGUCUUGCAGUUGCAACCGGGCAGAACGCAAUUCCACUACCACAGCGACGCGACAAUCAAGCACCUCUCAGUCCAUUCUAUCAACCAGCUUCGUCUCAGUAUCGACCAACUUCGCCGCAGUAUGGAUCAGCUUCGCCUGAGUAUCGACCAACCUCGCCGCAGUACUCGUAUGGACCAACUUCGCUUCACCGUCGAUCUCGCUCACCUCGCCGCCGCGUCGCCCCGGAUAGUGACAGUGGCGCUAUGGGUGAGUACCGGGAUCGUUCAUACGGGAGGGGUCAUGGUCUUCCAUAUGAGGAUGCUCCGUAUGAUUCAGAAGAUGAUUGGUCGAGACCAGAUGGUGUGGAUCGUUCUGGUCCAAGACCUCCGCGUCGCGAACGCUGA